CAAAGAGUGGCAGAGAAGGAAGCCAAGAAAAAGUGAUGAGCAUGAUAGUGGUAUCUCGGCGCAAUCGAAUGAUCCACAGAUUCCAUUCCGUCAAAGAAUCGGAGAACAUUCCAAGAUUUCGGGAAGAAUAGAAGAAAAAUACUUAAAUCAUCGUGGAUGCGUGCACUACUGAAUGGAUCAAACCGGAUUGUACCUUUUGUCCUUGAGGCUACACACAAUAGAGAUCUCGACAUUUCUCUCAAAGUCCCCGCCAAACGUCGAACUAGAAAAAGCCUUGAAGAACCCCCCUCAAGUUGGAUUUGCUAUUGCCAGCAUCAUUUCUCGACGAAACCCUUUCCCAAGGGUGAGGCAGUUGCCAUUGGCCGAGAAAGCGCCCUAUUUUGCAGACUACCUGGCCCAGCGUGCCAUUCCAUUGGGCUCUGAAACACACAACGGGAAAAAGGUCGCAACUUGGAGCCAAGGGUUUGGAGAAAGAGAAAGACCAUCCCAAAAAGGUACGUAUUUUGUCUAUAACAGCACAGCUAAGAAUAGCCCACGAUUACACAGUUCUGUGUACAGUAGGGAUCCCCCUCCGUCAAGGGAAACCCCAACACACCACCACUCAUUGUGUAUGUGCAGGAGAAUCCUCAGAGAAACCGCUGACACACUGCUACUUGCUCAGCCCGAUACAUCUUUCCCAGGGCUGCCAUCUCAUCCCAUCACGUCCUUCCCCCCUCCAUUCAUCGGCUCCAUUGCCUUGCUAGGCCCCCGCUCCCUCUGCAUUCACGGGAGCUGGAACAGGUAUUCGCGGGACUUGGACUCCAACGGCCCUCGUAGGUCUCCUCGUGCCUCAGCUCAGACGAGGACAGUGUCAGAUCCCCGGGAAAGGAGCAUCUUGGCUUUUGAUGCCGGGAUUCCCCUCUCGCAACAGCCUACGAACGCAACGCAACGCAACGCACGCACCCGCAUCAAAGAGGUAUGUUGAAAGUUUUUUUCUUCCAUCUCUGUCUCUCCAUCUUCCUAUUCUUGCAUGAGCCUGAAUCAUUGCGUGCAUAUGUCGGUCAGCGCCAUGAGAUGAACUAUAGCGCAAACAUUACGAAGUAAACAGAGCCCCGAUGCCGGCUUCUGCAUCAGUGGAGUUUUUUUUGGCUGGCCCGGAAUCAGGCUACGGACGGCGGGUUCUUCGGCCUUUCUGCUUAUUUCUUUCGUGGCCCAGUUUGCUCUCGUUGAAUUCCUAGUUGGGGUAUUGGUGCCAGUGACAAGCUAGCCCAAGUGCCUGGGAUGGAUCACGAGAGCGAGCGAGCGAGCGAGCAAGCGCAGCGUCCAGCGUAGCGCCCGUGUUGGCGUCCAUGGGCUCGGGGUCGAUGGG